CACACACACACACACACACACACACACACACACACACACACACACACACACACACACACACACACACACAUUCUUUCUGUUUUAUCAUCAGACAAGUCCAGUAAAGCACAUGUGUUUCAGAGUGGACUAGCGACAGAAGGAUGCGCCAUGAAGUCUCAGCAGAAGUGCAUUGUGAUCUUUGCUUUGGUCUGCUGCUUCGCCGUGCUGGUGGCACUGAUGUUCUCAGCGGUGGACUUUUGGGGUGACGAUGAAGACGGGAUCACAGAGGAGAACUGUAGCAGGAACUGCAGAGUGGUGCUUGUGGAGAACAUCCCGGAAGACAUCUCUUUCUUAGACAAUGGUACAUCCCACCUCCCCCUCUCAGAGGGGCUGUACAGCCUACUGGACCGAGCCAUCCGAGCCGUAGAGAUCGUUUCCCCGCUGUGGCUCCUCAACUCGUCCGAUUAUGAAUCCAGCUUCCAGCCUGCUGCCAGACAGGGCAGGGCUCUGCUGUCCAAGCUGCAGGGCCUGAAAGCUCGAGGCAUCCAGCUGAAGAUCUCCAGCGGGAUGAUCGACUCCUCUGAGCUCGGGAUGCUCGCCAAACACUAUGCUGAAGUCCACUAUGUGAACACGACCGCGCUGAUCAGAGGCAGCAUCCUCUCUUCCUUCUGGGUGGUGGACAGGAAGCAUUUCUACAUCGGCAGCUCCAGCAUGGACUGGAGAUCCCUUGCCACAAGGAAGGAGCUGGGGGUGUUGGUGUACGACUGCAGCUGUCUGGCUCUGGACCUCCACCGAGUGUUCAGCCUCUACUGGGGGCUCCAGUACAGAGACUUCAUCCCCUCCUUCUGGUCCAAGCGCCUCUUUGCCCUUUUCAACAGGGACGAACCGCUGGAGCUCACUCUGAACAGUACAAAGGCUCAGGCCUACGUCUCGAGCUCCCCAGAUGUUUUAAUCCCCAAACAUCGUAGCAGUGAUCUUGAAGCCAUUUCAAGGGUCAUCCAGGAGGCUCGCCAAUUCAUAUAUAUCUCCAUCAUAGAUUACCUGCCCCUCCUCAGCCGCAACACUCAAAGUUACUGGUCUCGUAUCGACGCUCUUAUCCGGGAGGCUCUGAUCCUGAGGAAGGUCCGGGUUCGUCUGCUGAUAAGUUGCUGGGAAAAGACUCAACCACUUAGCUUUAACUUCCUCUGGUCCUUGAGGAGUCUGUGCAUGGACCAGGCCAACUGCUCAAUGGAAGUUAAGUUCUUCAACCCCAGAGUGCAGAGCGAUGGCAGUCUCCAGGGAAUAAACCACAACAGGUUUAUGGUGACAGAUAGAGCCAUUUAUUUAGGUAACCUUGACUGGUUGGGGAAUGAGUUUACCUUUAACACUGGAGUAGGCCUGGUGAUCAGUCAGCCAGAGGGCAUCGAGGAGAGGAACUCUACAGUGGUGGAGCAGCUACGGGCUGCAUUCGAGAGGGACUGGUUUUCUCGUUACACCCACUCACUGCAGGCCAACAAGACGAACGUCUGCAGCAAACAGCAGAUCAACAGGCUCGUGCCGGACAAACCUGGCCACCUGGACAAUGCACCAAUGCCUAUCAGCGUAGACCCGCAUGAUAACGGACCUGCACCAAUUAGACACAAACACCAAGAUGAUGGACAGGCCCAUGUUAAAACAAAGCACCAUGACGACAGACUUAGCAAAAUUGUUCUGCAAGGCAAGGCCGAUGGGCUGGAGCCAAUUAUAGACAGUUACCAAGAGAGGGGACAAGUCAAAAUGAGCCAUGACCUUGACAGCAGACAGGUUCAAAUCAAAGGUAAUCACCGAGACAAUCCAAUGGAUCCGCCCAGUCAGUCAGCUGAGAGCAGCGGCAGCAGAGAGAUCUUAAACGGGUCGCUGUGACCGAGGAGCUUAAUGAGAACUACUCUCUUCCAGGUACAAUGGACUGGAUCUUUGUAGCAAUUUGUUGUUGCCAUUUUGAAAAACGUUGAAGAUAUUUAAGUGAUAUUUGGUUUGAAGGACUUGGUCAUGUUCAUGAAAGAACUCAGGAAGGAAAGUAUAUGCUCUGAUGCAGUCUGGCACUUUUGACAGAUUUUUUUAAGAAUGAAACCAAAACAUUUUGGUUGAGAAGAAACACUGGAUAAUACAGAUAUAUAAACGUACAACUUUGCUACUUAUUUAAUCUUACUCCUCUCCUUGUUGAGAUCUCUCAAGCCAAGGAAACAGAUUGAAUCUUUUUGAUUGCCUAAUUAUUAUAUGUCACUUUAGAUGUUUGUGGCAGUCAUUAUUUAUCACCCUUUAAAAGGGGAAAAGACGCCUGCAUGAAUAUGCAGAGAUUGGAAGCAGUCUAGCUACAAUAGCUACAUUGAGCAUUUAGGAACACUCCAAAGUCAUGGAAGAUUUACUACACACCUUCACAUGUUGUGUAUCUUUUAUCGCCUCUUAAUUCUGUUUGUGUAGCUCCAGCAGUAUUCUGAAUAAGUUGCUGUGCAUUUAAAUUGUUACUUAUAAAACUGAUAACCUAUUUAUAAGUUAUUCGAACAAAGCAACCUGAAACCAUCUGUUCAGUAAUGGAUUCAGAUGCUCUAAUGUCAAAUUAUAUUCAUACAAAACAACCCUGUGUGUAUAUGUUAACACAGAUCCCAGUCAUAUUUUAUAUUUAAUUUGUCGCACUAACUUUCUGAUUUGAAUCCCAUUUAUUCCUGGAAUUAGCCCAUUACUCAUUUUGAGUUCUGACCCAGAGUUAAGAAGCUGGGGCUCUAAAGGAAUUGAUCACAUCAGGACCACCAUGAUUUAUCCUCAAUACCAGAAGCACUAAAACACUGUAGACAGCUGGUUUAACCCAAGACUUGAGGCGCCGUAUAUCUCUGAAUAGCAGGUUGGUGUACAAGAAAAAUGUUUUAUUUUAAGGGCGGUAAUAUUGAAUUGGAUGAUGCACAUGUUCUACUCCACAACACCAAAUAUAAUAAGGUGUGUAUUUUCAAUCAGACGCUGCCAGUGAAAAAUGACUGCCUUCAUUGGUUUUUGUGAAAGGCAGAUGUUUUCCCCAGGAGGAAGAGGAGCUAUAGAUCUGAAUGGCUUCUUAUAAUCAUUUAAGUUACCAAAUAUAAAUCCUAGGAAAAGAAGAUCGAAUGGGUAUCUAUAGUAUUCUGCCGAAUGCAAUGUGAUUUAUUGAACAAAUACUAAAGGAGCAGGUAGAAGAAGGGCCAGAGGGUCUCUGCUGUGCAAUCAAUAAAAUGCAUUUUGAACAGAGCCUGACAGUUGCAGUUGCUGCAAUUUAAUUUCAAGGACACUGUUACUUGUCUCCUCUGACUGAUGUAUUAUUACCUUUACCGUGUGGAGGUAAAGGAAACACUUCAUGAAAGAACACUUUUCAAUGAAAGCUGGUAGAAGCUUUUAUUUGCAUUUUUUAAAUGUCUAAUACCUUUACACACUCUUUAUGGCACUUUUUGCAACAAUGCUUUAGAUUUUGUGUUGCUAGAACAUUCUUUUACUUCCAAAGCCAUUAGUCAAGGAAACAUUUCCAGAAAGAUUGUGAUGUUUGAUGAGAAAUAUGCUGAACCUGAUGCUCAGAGCUUUAACGUGAAAGCAUGAGGUGAAAUGAGUGUGUCUUUUGAAAUAACUUAGCAGGAAUAACUGUAUACUUUUAAGGAAACAUGUUAAUUUCCAGGUUCACAUUAUAUUUUCAGUUCCUAAAUGAGCCAAAUCUGAAUAGCUUGUUGAAUCCCAUGUUUUUAAGCUUGUAAUUACUCCAGAUACCCAAAUGUAUGUGCACAAGAACUGCACACGUGAGGCUUUUAUGUUAUGUCCCCUUUAAUUCCGCCACAAAACUGAAGUUUUUACAA